AUGACCGAUACCGAUAUUGCAUCUAGUGACUAUUCUUUAAAGAAGAAAGUCAGUUUAGACGUUGAUGGACUGAUUUCCAGUCCACUCUACGCAGAAACUAAAUCUUAUAUAAGAGAAAUUGAUAGUAUCCCCAAAGUUUCUCUGGUACAACUGAAAAAUUGGAUCAAUCAAAAUCGAGAUAUUGAAAACUGUUUAUUAGACGACGAUUUUUUGUACAGAUUUCUUCGUGUUAGAAAAUACAGUAUACCGAUGGCACAACAAACUCUUUUGAAAUAUUUGAAUUUUCGACACAAAUUUUGUCAUAUUUUAUGCAAUUUGGAUUAUACAGUUGGUAAAACCGACGAACUAAUCACCGAUGGGCACAUUUUCGCCAGUCCGUUUCGAGAUUGUAAUGGAAGAAGAGUUAUUUUAUACAAUUUUAAAAAUAUGGAUUUAUCGAGAAUUACGAGUCUAGAUAUUCAAAGAGCGGGUAUAAUAACUUUCGAAACGUUAAUAGACGCCGAAGAAACCCAAAUUAUGGGCGUAACUCACGUAUUAUGUACAGAGGGCGUCGGACCAUCAUAUGUUCCUUUAUUUUUGACCAACGAUUUCGGUUAUUUAUUAAAAUGGGGCGAGCAAUCUUUUCCUAUGAGACACGCCGAGUUUUCUAUAAUGAACACCUCGCGUUCAGUCAAAUACAUUUAUGAAAUGUCUAAAUUGUUAUUAAGUCCUAAAUUGAGCGAACGACUUGUCUUGUACGAUUCCUUCGAAGAUAUUAAAAAAAAGUUGGGUACGAAAUGUUUGCCUCUGGAAAUGGGCGGCGAAGUUCCUCAAGAAGAAAUGAUCGCUUUAUUCAAAGAAGAACUAGCCGAAAAAAGGGACAGGCUGUUAUCGUUCGAUAAAAUGAAGCUUCUCGACGACAAAGGCAUUAUAACUAGGAAAAACAAAGUCGAUUUUAGUGAAAACGGAAGUUUAGACGGUAGUUUUCGUAAACUAGACAUCGAUUGA